AUGCCCUUCUUCCCAGGUCCUGGAAUGGGUGAGCAGCCCCCCCUGCCCCCUCCAGAAAUGCCCCCAUUCCCACACAUGAGGGAGCGCUUCCCGAAUGCCGUUUGGGGAGGGGAGUCUCCGCAAGGACAGUGGCCUCCUCCGCCUUUCCAUCCUCCAAGCCUCGGCCAUCCUCCGAUGGUCCAUCCCCCACCACCACCACCACCACACCAGUUCAAUCAGUUCGAACCAAGGCAACCUAUGUUUAAUUUCCCCGGGGGUCCUGCGGGUGGAGCAGCGCCCCCUGUCUCCAGUGUACCAGUGUCACAGUACAACAGUCAGUACAAUGAUCAGUUUACUCCCGGUGGAGAUAAUGGCAACGGAGGGUAUGUCCCUCAGGGGCAUUUCUCUCCACAGACUCCACAGACAUCCGUCCCGGGCUUCGCCAACGGCCCAGCCAAUGGGUUCCUAAAUCAAAGCCCGGGAAACGGGGUAGUGGGGGGUUCGUCCCCCCAUCCCCACCGCUACCCAGGAUCUAACGAUUACCAUCAGCAGCAGCAGCAGCAGCAGCAACAACAACAACAGCAACAGCAGCAGCAACAGCAAGGUGGGAUGUUCAAAUCGCCGAUGGCUUCGCCAGCGGUUUCGGCGCCCGAGGCGUCACCAGUGACGGGCGGGUUCACCAUGACCACGCUUCCGUCGCCCCAUGCUCCGCACACGCCCCAUACCACGGAGCACCCAAACGAGAAGCCUGGGUACCCCCCUCCGCCUCCCACGCAGAAUUUACUCGGCUCUAGAGUGACUGCGAGCGGGUACUCGGGUCAAGCCUUAGAGGGAGGCAUUGGCGUGCCACAGGGCAGCCCACAUGGCUCUGCUAGUGUGCAGAGUCGAUUGAAAAACAUGAUCAUGUCGAGACAAGGCAACAGCAGCUAUCCUGGUGGUGGGGUGGACAGUCCGCCCCUUGGGGAGGUCCAUUUCUCUGGACACGUAGCAGCUGUCACCAGCGUCUCUAGGGAAGAACCUGAGCACAUGGAAGAAUCUCUCAAAAUGGCUCAGAAUUUUUUAGCCUAUAGGACUACAGAGUCUGGCCCGGGCUCUGUAGUCCAUGCCAACACAACUGAUGUGAAGGGCGGCGUUGAGACCGCGAUGGUCCUCGCCAACUCCUCUUCCUCCUCCACGAUAUGCAGGAAAGAGGAGAUCAGAGACCCUCCUAUGGAAGGGGUCUCUGCUUCACAAGAAGAGCCAUCUCCAUCAUCAUCAUCAACAACUUCUGCAACGGAAAUGAUGGAUGACCUAGAAAAUUGUAAGGGACUUAGUGUCAAAGUAGAAGAGGAAGAAAGUAUGGAAACUGCCGAGGUCAAAAAUGAAUAUGAGAUUAAGCAAGAAUUUGAAGUGAAUGAGCAGCACGGUGAUCCACCGAACAGCAUAGCUCCCAAACCUCCUGACCUAUCUAAGGACAGCACCAGCCCCUCCACUCUGCAGCUGCAGCAGCAGAAACAGCAACAAACAGAUGUUGAAAUGAGUGCAGUGAAUCAGCAAAGUGAUGCAGAACCGCCAGCAGGAUUUUCGGUUUGGCAGGGUCAGGGGGACAGGUCCGUGUACGUCACGGCCUGCGUGUGCUAG